GGUUCAAGUCUGCAGUUUUGCUUUUGCCAUCCGCGCUUCCGCAUCCGAGUGAAGCGCCACCAAGCGGCCUUUUCACCACAGCUAAGUUCCAUAACUUUCAUUUCAUUCGGCUACUUCCGGUUCUCGGAUUCAAUCAGGCUAAGCUAGUCAGUACCUCGUUCUGCAAUUUCUUUAGAUUAGCGAUUAGCCUAAGAAUUGGUUUUGAAGUGGUGUCGUCAUUGAAAGACAAAAUGAACCCCGAUGCGGAUCAUGGAGUUAUGGGUGCACCGAAACUCAAACGAGAGCUCGAUCGGCCUGGGAAGAUCAUGAUUCUAGGCAUUCCGAAAGAUGAGGCUUACUCUGAAGCUGAUCUUGAGAAAGAGUUUGCUCCCUUUGGAAGGAUAACAGAAGUUACUGUUAUACGAGACAGGAGGAAAGGAACUCCGAGAGGGUUCGCAUUCAUCACUUACGAAAAUCCACGAGAUUCACAAGAUGCUAUGAAAGCAAUGGAGGGAAAGGACCUGGGAGGGGAAUGUCCACUUCACUGCGAGGACGCCGUCAUUGGUUUACAGAAAAGUAAAAAGAUGGCCGCCGAGGCCAGGGGUGGGAUGAGGGGGAGGGGCAGAGGGAUGGACAGAGGCAGGGGAGGGCCCAUGAUGAGGGGAGGGCCGCCGAUGAGGGGAGGACCGCCAAUGAGGGGGGGGCCGCCAAUGAGGGGGAUGGACAGAGGGAGGGGGAUGGACAGAGGGAGGGGGAUGAGAGGAGGAGGGAGAAUGAGAGGUGGUCCCCCGAUGGGCAGAGGGAGGGGUUUCGGAGGCGGGCCCCCACCCCCGAGGCAGGAGUUUUACGACGGGUUCGAGGAUCCUUACUACGGUCAACACGAGCAGGGUUACGGUCCUGAGGGUGAGGAGUUCGGAGGUCAGGGGGAGGAGUUUGGCUAUGACAGAGGUUAUCCUGAGUACGGUGGGGGGUACCACCACGAGGAGUAUGGCAGGGGGGGGAGAGGGUUUGGCCGUGGUGGGCCACCCAGGGGUCGUGGGGGAGAUAGAGGCAGGGGCCACGGGGAGCGGGGAUAUGGUCGCGGAGGUGAAAGGGGAUACGGACGGGGUGGAGAAAGGGGAUAUGGUAGAGGGGAGAGGGGCUACGGCCGAGGUAGGGGGAAUCCCCCGGGUUUCGGUAGAGGGGAGCCGGACUACGAGAACGGUAACGGUGUUAUGGGGUAUGAGGGACCAGGCGGGGACAUGGGGGGCUACCCGCGGGAGGAGCCCGGGUAUGGCCGGGGAGGAGGGGGGCUGCGAGGGGCUCCCAGAGGGAGGGCUCCGCGGGGCUCGCAUCGAGGGGGUCCUCCUCCUCCGGGACCUCAGGGAAGCCUGCCCCCUGGACGGAGAGCGCUGUUGCCCACACCGCCAGAAGGCGUACCCCCGGAGGAAUUUUACGGGGAGGAAGUACCGCCUCAGUACGACCCCCAGUAUCCAGACGCAGAACGCUUCCCCCACCCACACCCUGCUGAACGACCCCAUGGGCGGCCCGCCCCCGAACAUCGCCAUGGCCCGCACGAACAAGGUGGGGGCGGGGAUUAUUACGCCAACCCCGAAGAGAGGAUAGGGGAGGCUGGCAGGGGUCCCAGAAAACCUUACGGCCAGCCGGACACCUACGGCGCAGAGCAGUACGCAGAGGAAGAAGCGCAGGAUGAGUACAGCAAUCCUCCCGGCCAGUUCUACCCUCCUUCUCAUCCUCCUCCACAAGAGAGAGGCGCUCGGGCGAGGGGGAGGCCGGGGGGAGGAAGAGGAGGUCCAGGCAGGGGCGGGCGGGGGAGAGGGGGUAUGGCGCCUCCUCCCCCUCGCGGUCGACAGGAAGCGGAAGCAGCCUCGGGGCAGCAAGCUCUUCCUCCGUCGUCGAGACUUGAGGAGAGGUUUGAGGAGUACGACUACACGGGUGAAGGACGGGGAGCCAGGCACGGUUAUAGACCGGAAGAUUCGGGUCAACCUGUAGCCAGCAAGUACCCUGGUGACCCAUAUCAGGCUGAAUGGACCAGAGACCCUCAAGCUGCCGACGCCUAUGGAAGAGAUGGAGGUCAAGGCCAUCCGCCGACACGAGGAGGAGGCGGCGGUCGAGGUCGCGGUCGUGGGGAGAGAGGUCCUCCUCACAUGACACCCGGGAGGUCAGGAGGGGCCUCGUACAUGGAGGAGCCUGGCGUGUACGAACAGCCCGGCCAGCGGCAGGACGCGUACGGGAAACCUUCACAGAGGGAUCUGUCGGGGUAUGGGUAUGAGGCUGGGGGGACCGAACCCCAACCCCCCGCGAGGGAACAAGACCCGAUGUCCGGACGUGCUGGACCUGGUCAGUCCACGUCUGGGUAUUACGAGGAUUACUACAACCCUGAACCAGCUGCUGCCGGGGACGCGGGGUACCCACAGGCGGCCGCCUACGCUCCGGAGGCUGGCUAUGCAGAGGACGGAGCUUGGAAGCGUUUGGAGUCGGAAUAUGGCAGACAGGCUGAGGGUCGCUACCCCCGAGAAGGGGAAGCGGAUUUGUACGGCCGCUAUCCAGCGCCGCUAGAGGAAGCAGCCAGCCUCCGAAACAGCCGCAAGCGUGCGGGUGAGGCGUAUGCUGAGGCGGAGGGGGUUCGGGGUUCGAUUUCUCACAUGAAACGAGAAUAUGAAGACUACCGGCUGCACAUGGGGCCCGGCGCUGGCCCUCUGCCUUCACCGAUCAAACGAGAGAGGUCGGAGUACGCGGGCUACGACCCGUACAGACGACAGGAGGACGUCUACAGGACUUUGUGAAGCGUCCAGAACCGUUUGACAGACACGUACGGGGCAAGCAAAAAGCUUUUAUUUGCGAUGUCAAAGUUGACCUUCUAACAGAGAUCUCCAGCCUCAUUAUCGUGGUGGUAAUGUUCUGAAGAAGCCCCUCCCUUUUGCAGGCAGUGCAGUCCAGGUGUUAGUUCUAAACACACAGACCUUUAGUCUAGCCACUUCCUUAUGAAUGUUUUAAAAAAUUACUUUUUAAAAAGUAAACUUUAGAAGAGAAAUCGGUGGUAGGCGAGAAUCGAAUUUCGUUAAUUUAAUUUUUCAAUGGUGUGUAAAUGGUAUGACACGCCAGCAAUGAGGUAAAAUGAUGGUUGGAAGAACACGUGGCACACAGGAAUACAUUCGCCACUACUGCUUGAAUUGUUCCAAGAAAUGUAUUCUCCCACCCCACUUACAAAAGAAAAAAUACAAAAUUUCUCUUUAGUUCCGUAUAAUUGUACAUAAUUAUAUCUAGUGGGUAUUAAUUCUGAUCCUUCAGGCUUGCAUGUCAAAAUAUACGAUUCGAAAAUGUGAAAGUUGAAUAUUAGCUUUGGCUAAAAAGUUUACGAGGAUGUUUAGCAGCAUGUUACACAUAUUAUGUUUUGGUUUUGAAGAAGUGACACGUACUUGUAUUAGUUUUGAAGAAAUUACACAUACAUGAAUGAAUUCGUUUGUGAAGAAAUGAUACACAUAUGCAUUUAUUUUGAAGAAAUGAUACACACACGCAUUCAUUUUAAAGAAAUGAUACACACACGUACUAGGUUUGAAAAAGUGGCUCGCACAAGAACCAUAGCUUUGAAGAGAUGACACACACAUGUACUAGUUGUAAAGAAAUGACCCACACAUGUACUAGUUGUAAAGAGAUGACACACACAUGUACUAGUUGUAAAGAGAUGACCCACACAUGUACUAGUUGUAAAGAGAUGACCCACACAUGUACUAGUUGUAAAGAGAUGACACACACAUGUACUAGUUGUAAAGAGAUGACCCACACAUGUACUAGUUGUAAAGAGAUGACCCACACAUGUACUAGUUGUAAAGAGAUGACACACACAUGUACUAGUUGUAAAGAGAUGACACACACAUGUACUAGUUGUAAAGAGAUGACCCACACAUGUACUAGUUGUAAAGAGAUGACACACACAUGUACUAGUUGUAAAGAAAUGACACACACAUGUACUAGUUGUAAAGAAAUGACACACCUACAAGUUUUAAAGAAAUGACACACACGUCUACAAGUUUUGAAGAAAUGAUACAAAAGUGUUUUAAUUUUGAAGAAUGACACUUGCAUGUUCUAGUUUCAAAGAAGUGACACACAUUCAUGUAUUAGUUUUGAAAAAAAAGUGACGCAUGCAUACAUUAGUUUUAAAGAAAUGAUACUUAGAUGUAUUAGUUUUAGAGAAAUUAUAUCCACAUGUUUUAGUUUUGAAGAAAUGAUACAUAUAUAUGUGUAUUAGUUUAAAAGAAAUGGCAAUACAUGUAUUGUUUUUGAAAAAAUUGACACCUGUAUGUCUUACUUUUGAAGAAAUGAUAUGUGCAUUUUGUGCUGGUUGAGAAAAUGACAUUUUUUCCCCAAGGUGUGAAGAAAAGAGUGGGAAAAAAGCAACACUUGCUCGAAGACUCUCAAGCUAUCCUGUAGAUAAAGGAAAAUUUACGAAGUUGCAGAACUAGCAACACAUUUCUUUUUUAAAUAAAAGCAAGUCACUUUGCUGGCUAAAGAACGCAGGUCUCAUCUUCCAAAGUGUUUUCAAAUAUCUCCUUGAAAUGUAACUCACACAACAGCCUUUACACAGGCAACACACUGCACUAAAUAAUGCCUGAUCCAAGACAGAGUAUCUGUUUCUACAGGUGGUUGUCUUGGACAGGUGGCCGUCUGAUCAUGUUGGACUGUAUCUCUUUGUUUGGAGACGGUGGAGAAGUGUGAGAAAUCUUUUGGAGAGACACGCAGUUGAUAGUAUUGACCCUGCUGUGUGUUGUGGUGUGCUGUGGACAUCCAAGCGUGCUGUCCCAAUAAGUUGUCUGAAUCCAAGCGUGCUGUCCCAAUAAGUUGUGGGAAACGUCAGGGCACUCCCUGAAGAGAGUUGUUAGAAAUGUCCUGGAAAUACCUGUAGUUGGAUGUAAGCCCUGCUGUGUGUAGUGAUGGUACACACUGGGACUCUGAGCGUGCGGUCGGUCCCAAUGAGUUGUCCCAAAUGUUGAGGCACACACGCUGUUUGUUGCCUCAAGGGGGCGCUUUUCUCACAUUUUGUGUCUGUCUGGAAUAGUUACACAGGAAGCAGCAGCCCUAGCCUGUCGUCACUCGGCGAUGUUUCGCUCGCAGCUGGUUUAAAAUUUGGUAAAUUUCUCACUAAUUAUGUGUAUUGUAUCGUUGUACCGAAUCGAGCUCACAUGACCUUAUGCAGCUGUGAGCAUUGUAAAACUCUUACUACACAUUGUACCAAAUACUCGCACUCACACAAAUUAUUUGAUCUCACCAACAAUAAAGUUCCCAAGUUACCUAAAUAAAUAAAAAUAAUUCUUCACUUUGACAUCUCUACCACUCUACCACAACUGUACCCACAUAAAGUUUUUAAUAUUUUUUUAAGAUCACUUCUUUCAUGUACCAAAUCGCACUCAUAUGACCUUAUGCAGUUGCGAGCGCUGUAAAACUCUUAACUAAACGUUGUACCAAACACUCACACAUAUUAUUUGAUCAGACCCACACAAAGCUCCCAGUUACAUAGAUCUAGUAGUACUUAGAUCGAUAGAAAUUCUUCACUGUUACAUCUGCCACAGCUGUACCCUCAAGAAGUUCUUGUUUUGUUUAAAGAUCACUUCAUUCAUGUGCGCAUGUGUGUUUUUUUGUACUGUUGUUUGUUUGUUUGUUUACUUAGUCGUAAAGUUGUUUAGAUGUUUGUAGUUGGGGCAAGUUCAAUAAAUCAAAUUGAAUCACUUACUU